AUGGUUACAACAAGAGGACAUAAACGACAACUUACAUCAUCAAUAAUAAUACCCAAAGAUACAAAGGUACUACAGUCAUCACAACAACAACAACAAUCAUCAUCAACACAAACACCAAAGAAACAACAACAACAACAACAACAACAACAACAAAAGAAAGUGAAUAGUUUAUUUUCAUCUACUCCAAAUACAAGACCUUCAAGUUCAUCAUCUUCGAUGUUAACACGUCCAUCUACAAGUGGUAGUAGUAGUGGAAGGAGUGCUAGUGGUGGUAUAACCAAGCAGAAGCAGAAGAGUAAGUCCAGUAUUAUAACAGAACAUGAUAUUAUCCAAUGUAAUAAUAAUGAAGACUUAAUUGAAUUAAUAAAUCAAUUAACUAAUACAGAACAAGAUUUAAUAUUUAAUAAAUAUAAAACUAAACAAUUAGAACAAUUAGAAAAUGAUCAUUAUUUAAUUAAACAAUUACAAUUUGAAUUAAAACAAAAAGAAUUAAGAAUUGAAUCUUUGUUGCAAGACAUUGAUGAGUUGAGAGCUAAUCAACAGCAACAACUGGCAGGAUCAUAUGAAUCACCAAUUAGAAAAAGACAAAGAAAUGAUCAACAUAUAAUUAAACAAGAUCAAUUUGCUAAUGAAUUAGAGAAUAUUGGUUUCACUUUAGAUAUGAUUGAAUUAUUAACUGGAAUUAAAGUUAUUCAUUUUGAAGAAGAUGAAUUUAAAUUAUAUUUUCAUAUUAAACAAUCUUCAUCAUCAUCUACUUCAUCUAGUACAUCAUCGCUACCAAAUGAGGGAGUAUUUAUAAAUUAUCAAUUAAUUUUAAGUAAAGAUACUGAAGGAAGUCUUAAUUCAAGUCAAAUUAAUUAUAUACCAAGUUGGUUAGAUUAUUUAAAUCAAGAAUAUUAUUCUGAUGAAUAUGAAUUUAAAUUAAUUGAAAAUUCAAAAUAUUUAAAAACAAUAUUACCAGAAUAUUUAUGUGAAAAUUUAUCAUUUCCAUUUAAUACUUUAUCACAAUUUUAUAAUAAAGUAUCAAAAGCAAUUAACAAGAAGCAUUAA